CGCGCACACGAGCGCUUGGGUUUCUUGAAUGGGGAAAACGCGCGCGGCAACUGCAGCAGCAGCAGCAGCAGCAGCGGCAGCGGCAGACGACGACGACGACUACGACACACACACAGACACACCGACCGCGAUCGUCAACGGUCACACACGCGCUUUGGUGUCACACGCGACUCAACCGCUCCGCGUCGAUCUUUUCUACACGCACGUAACUAUAUAUUAUAAUUUUAUUAUAAUAUUAUUUUUAAUAAUAUCGUUUCGCCGAUAUAUUUUUCCGCGUCUAUAUAGUGCGUUAUCGCGCGAUUUUAAUGACACACGAAAUCCGUGAUUUUCAGUGAAUUUUUUGAGUGCGUUUUUUUUUCGCGCGUUUUGCCGACGCGUUUCAAUCGGAACAAUUUAACAUACGUGUUCUGUCGUCGCGUUCGAAACAUGCAAAAGGUUUGAAAAAAAAAAUAACCGUUAUAAUAAUAAUUGUGUAUACCUAUAAUAAUAUAAUACGAUUUAAUAUUUAAAUUCAAUUUUACGCGUACGUAUAUACACGUAUAUACGAAACACGCGCGCGCGCACGACGACAAGUGUUCAACGGACGUAUCCCGGGUUAGCGUGAAAAUCGUUUUGGGGGGCCGGUGAUGCGUGAUGGUCGGACCGCGCGCGAUAACGGUGAUGUUUUGCGUGGCGGCUGCGUUGACGUUGGUAGCGGCUGCAGUGGCGGCCUCAGAAGCGUUGGACUCCGUGGAACCCGGCGUCGCCGUCAUGGAGUUGACGACUAACAACAACAACAACAACAACAACAACGUAGACAACAACAAAAACGCCAGCGAGAGCAGCCACGAUGACCGGCGGCCGGGGCUACUCGCGACCGUCGUCGACCAACAACCACCGCAGCAACAGCCACAGCCCAGGAGGUUCAGACACGAGGCGUCCGCAGUGCGAGUCUUGUAUCAAACCGGGAGCUCGGAGGAAGAGUUGCCGGUGUGCGAAAAGUGGGCGGUGUGCAGCAAGGUGGACAUGUAUCAAUGGCCGUGGGUGGAGAGGCAGUGCAGGUGUCCGCCGGGCGUGCCGCCGUGCUCGCAAAUGCUGUCGCCGGCUGAUGGGCACACCAUCACUGACAAAACAAGGCAGUUCAAGCUAUGCGAGCCCAUUAAGAUGUUGCCCAAAUGUCGUUACUUUCGCGACAUGGCGUGGACACUGCGCAGCGAGGGCAACGGUACGCUGCAGACGGUUCACUGUCACUGUCCGAAAGGUUCGGUCGCCUAUCUACUGAAGCGGCAAGCGUACCAGACCGAGUCCAAACAGAUCGGCUAUCAGUAUUCGUUUGCAUGCUCCCCACAAAGCAGGCUUCGAUGCCAGCGGAAAGAACCUUGUCGACUGUUCACGGUGCGAAAGCGCCAGGAAAUGGUGGACGAGGUAAACACUAACACGCUGUGUCAGUGUCCACCGGAACACGGGUGCCCGUCCCAUCACACAGACGCGGGAGUGAUACAGAGCAAGAACUACUCGGAAGAGAACAUCCGAACGUACAGCGGAUAUUGUAUGCAACCGUCGGCUAACUAAACCACCCAUGUACCCUCGCUCAUACCCCCUUGUCCGUUAACUAUCCAAUCACAGUGGACAGUAACCGACGAAAGGGUUGUUUUUUAAAUUAUUUUGAUUAAUUCGUCUAUAUUUUUGUCACUAAGACGAUAUUAUUAUAAAUUAUAAUAAAUAUUAUAUAUAUUUAUUGUUCUUAAAAUAUUUUUUCUCGGCGGACAAAACGAAAUUAUACGGAAUAUCUCUUGGCGAUUUUAACUAAGUAUUCGAUUUCCUGGAGUUAUUUUUAUAUAUUUUUUCUUUGUUUUGUUGUAAUAAAUCAAAAAAGAAGAGCAUUUUUUUCCUACAGAAAUUACAAAUUAUUUAUAUUUUAUUCAACUAAAUUAUUUUUAUACCAAAAUCAUUAUGAUAAAUAUUAACAUUAAUAAUAUAUGUUUUAUCGUGUAAAUAUUUUACUACGUCGAUAAUGGUUUAUUAUUAUUCUUUUUUUUUAUACGAUGUUCUUGUUAUUUAAAUGUUUAGAAUGUUUUUCUUUUAGACUUUAUUAGGACUAUUAUUAUUAUUAUUUUUAUUAUUAUUAUUUUUUUUCAAUGAAAAACAUUAUUUUUACUUUUAUUGUAAUCUUGUGUAAAUAGUUAUUAUAUUUUAUAAUUUGAGUGAGUUGUACAAUACAUUUAUUUCUUGUGAAAUUUUAAAGAUGUUG